GAUAAUAACUAAACCGUGAAAUUAGCUCACUUUUGUUUUCUUUUCUCUAUCAUUGUCCUAACUACCAACUCCUUAACACACAUAAUUUAUUCCUGAAAUCAUUCGUCUUCGACUUUCCAACAAACACUAAAACCAUUUCUUUUCCUUUCCAAAAAAAAAAAAAAACUACUAAUAGAUAAAUUGAAAAAAAAAAUUAUAAAAUAAACCGAUUGUAAUUGUUGGUUCAGUAGUGAUUGACGCUGAAUUUAGUAGGGAGGAUCUCAGUUCGAUCUUCUGUAAUUGCGAUCAACAGAGAUUAAAACAACUCGAUGUCAUAACUAACUCCAAACCAGAUUAAACCAGUGGUGUAAGAAAAAAAAAUUAUAAAAUAAUGUGACAGUGCCACAGUGGUGUACAACCGUCAACCAGUAUUCCAUUUCCAUACAUUCUUUGUCUCAGUGGUUUUGAAUUUAUCAAAUCAACUUGUUUUUAUUAUUAUAUAGUAUAAAUAUUAUGUUAUGUGAACUUGAUAUAGUAAUUUAAUAAAAAUAAAAAAGUGUUAUGCUUAUAUUGGUAGUACUGUUCAUAUGGUUUUAUCUUGUUUUCUCCUUAAUUUUUGGGAAAAGAAAUAAUGUGUGCCCACUUUUCAAGAUUUGACAGAGAUAUGAAAAGCCAUGUGAUAUGAGUGAGUUUCAUAUUCAUCCAAAAGAGAGUGAAUGUUUUCCUUUCUAUGCUUCUAUUAUUAGCUUCUGGUUUUGGACACAGACAUAAAACAGACAGGAUCAGUAUUGAGUGGCUGUAAUUGUUUGCUCUCAGAUUUCUUCACUCUUUGAGGUUGUUUUUGUUGUUGCUGAGUUCAGAUCUGUUAAUAAACUGAUACACUUUUUGUGAAGAGCAUUGAAAGAAUGGAUCUUGAACCUGGGAAGUGCUGGGAUAGCUCAAAGAAGGGUUCUUGGAAGACUAUUAUGCUUUUGGCUUAUCAAAGUCUUGGUGUUGUAUAUGGUGACUUGAGUAUUUCUCCAUUGUAUGUUUUCACAAGCACUUUUGCUGAAGAUAUUGAACAUUCUGAGACUAAUGAAGAGAUUUAUGGCACACUUUCUUUUGUUUUCUGGACUUUGACAUUGAUUCCACUAUUCAAAUAUGUGUUUGUUGUUCUUAGAGCUGAUGAUAAUGGAGAGGGUGGUACUUUUGCUCUCUAUUCAUUGAUUUGUAGGCAUGCAAAAGUGAGUCUUUUACCAAAUAGACAACAUGCUGAUGAGGCACUUUCUUCAUAUAAGAUGGAGGAGCCUCCAGAGAAAGAUAAUUCUAAAGUGAAGAUGCUGCUUGAGAAGUAUAAGACUUUGCAUACUGCUUUGUUGAUUGUGGUUCUUCUUGGUACUUGUAUGGUAAUUGGGGAUGGAGUGCUUACACCAGCCAUUUCUGUUUUCUCAGCAGUAUCUGGUCUUGAGGUAUCAAUCAUGUCCAAGAAACACCAUCAGUAUGCUGUGAUUCCUAUCACUUGCUUCAUACUGGUGUGUUUAUUUGCACUUCAACACUAUGGUACACAUAAGGUGGGAUUCUUUUUUGCACCAAUUGUGCUGACAUGGUUACUGUGCAUUAGCACUCUCGGCUUAUAUAAUAUAUUCAAAUGGAAUCCCCAUGUAUAUAAAGCUCUUUCGCCGUAUUAUAUGUUCAAGUUCUUGAAAAAGACAAGGAUAAGUGGAUGGCUUUCUUUGGGUGGAAUAUUACUUUGCAUAACAGGCUCAGAAGCUAUGUUUGCUGAUCUUGGCCAUUUCAAUUAUAUGGCCAUUCAGAUUGCUUUCACCUUUUUGGUAUAUCCUGCACUUAUAUUGGCAUAUAUGGGUCAAGCCGCUUACUUGUCACAGCAUCAUAAUGCUGAUCUCCAAAUCAGCUACUAUGUCUCCGUUCCAGAAAGCGUGAGGUGGCCGGUGCUUAUCUUAGCUAUUCUAGCUUCUGUUGUUGGGAGCCAAGCAAUCAUUAGUGGAACAUUUUCUAUUAUAAAUCAGAGCCAAUCACUUGGCUGCUUCCCGAGAGUUAAGGUUGUUCAUACAUCAGACAAGAUACACGGUCAGGUCUACAUCCCAGAAAUUAAUUGGAUGCUCAUGAUCCUCUGCAUUGCUGUUACCAUUGGAUUUAGAGACACAAAACACCUGGGAAAUGCAUCAGGGUUAGCAGUGAUGACUGUGAUGUUGGUAACAACAUGCCUAACUUCCUUAGUGAUUGUAGUUUGUUGGAAUAAACCGCCGAUCUUAGCCUUUUGUUUCCUAUUGUUUUUUGGUUCUGUUGAACUGCUAUAUUUCUCGGCUUCAGUGACAAAGUUCCGUGAAGGUGCCUGGCUGCCAAUCCUCCUUGCCCUCUUCCUAAUGAUUAUAAUGUUCCUCUGGCACUACGCAACAAUCAAGAAAUACGAAUAUGACCUUCACAACAAGGUUUCACUAGAAUGGCUUCUAGCUUUAGGUCCAAGCUUAGGAAUUGCUAGAGUCCCUGGAAUAGGCCUUGUGUUCACUGAUCUCACCACUGGCAUUCCGGCAAACUUCUCUCGCUUUGUCACCAACCUCCCUGCUUAUCACCGCGUUCUUGUUUUCGUUUGUGUAAAAUCAGUACCAGUUCCUCAUGUAACCCCUGCUGAGAGAUACCUUGUAGGCCGUGUAGGACCAGCUGCUCAUCGAUCUUAUCGGUGUAUAGUCAGAUAUGGAUAUCGCGACGUUCACCAGGAUGUUGAUUCCUUUGAAACCGAACUAAUAAAAAAGUUGUCUGAUUUUAUCCAAUACGAUUGGUAUCGAACUCGUGCGAACAGCAUGAGCAUUGAAGACGAUGGUUCACACUCAAACGAAUCAUCAAGUUACAGAUUAACUGUGAUUGGAACAACUAGUUUCUGCAGCCAACAAGGAUACGAGAGUCAGCAGAGUGUGCAACAAGGAAGUGUGUCUGUUGGAUUCCCAACUGUACAAAGCUUGACAGAUGUUAUCGAGAUGGAACCAAUAGAUCAUGCAGCCGAAAGACGAGUGAGGUUUGCUCUUGAUGAUGAUCAUGAAAGUGAUACAAGGUCUGAAGUUGGUGUGCAAAUGCAAGAAGAGCUUGAAGAUCUUUAUGCUGCUCAAGAAGCUGGUAUAGCAUUCAUUCUUGGACAUUCUUAUGUGAAAACAAAGCAAGGUUCAUCACUCUUGAAGAAGUUGGCACUUAACUAUGGAUACAAUUUCUUGAGAAGGAAUUGUAGAGGGCCUGAUGUAGCUCUUAAGGUUCCACCAGUUUCUCUUUUGGAGGUUGGAAUGGUUUAUAUUGUGUAGAAAAACUAACAUGUAAUUAGCUUUCCUUUUUAUUAUUAUUGUGUUUUUGCAUGUAGAGGUGUUAUAAGUUAUAACUACUUACAGGCUUUAAUGGCAGAGCAAUGUGCAGUUUACAAGACUUUUGUUAAUGGGACUGUGGCACAAUUAAUUAUAGGUAUCUAUAUGAGGAUUGUUAGUAAA